CUCACGGUCAAGGCUAUUCCUGCUCUUUCAACGUGCCAAAUCUAUCAUUAUGCGUGAGAUUGUUCAUCUACAGAUCGGACAGUGUGGGAAUCAGAUCGGCUCAAAGUUCUGGGAGGUGAUCAGUGAUGAACAUGGUAUUAACAGAGUAGGAGCGUAUGAGGGUGACAUGGACCUUCAGCUGGAGAGGGUCAAUGUUUACUUCAAUGAAGCACAUGGUGGCAAGUAUGUUCCAAGAGCAUUGUUAGUGGACCUGGAGCCGGGCACUAUGGACAGCGUGAGGGGCAGUCACAUAGGACAGCUCUUCAGACCGGAUAACUUUAUACACGGCAAUUCCGGAGCUGGCAAUAACUGGGCCAAAGGUCACUAUACUGAGGGCGCAGAACUUGUGGAGCAGGUUGUGGAUCGCGUUCGUAACGAAGCCGAGAGCUGCGACUGCAUGCAGGGCUUCCAGUUCGUCCACUCUCUGGGCGGUGGCACUGGUUCGGGAAUGGGCACCCUGAUUAUCAAUAAGAUCCGAGAAGAGUAUCCUGACUGUAUCAUGAAUAGUUUCAGCGUAAUGCCCUCGCCGAAGGUCUCCGAUACAGUAGUCGAGCCAUAUAACGCGACCCUAUCAAUCCACCAACUGAUUGAGAAUACAGACGAGACGUAUUGUAUUGAUAACGAAGCACUGUACGAUAUCUGCUUCCGCACUCUAAAGCUCACAACACCAACUUAUGGAGAUCUCAACCACUUGGUAUCCCUCACCAUGAGCGGGGUCACGACCUCCCUUCGCUUCCCAGGUCAACUGAAUGCUGACCUUCGGAAGCUGGCCGUCAAUAUGGUGCCUUUCCCACGUCUCCAUUUCUUCAUGCCAGGUUUCGCUCCUCUCACUGCACGCGGUAACCAACAAUACCGUGCCCUAACAGUGCCCGAGCUCACCCAGCAGAUGUUCGACCCUCGGAAUAUGAUGACCGCGUGCGACCCACGUCGAGGGCGCUAUCUGACAGUGGCGGGCGUUUUCCGCGGUCGCAUGUCCACUAAAGAGGUCGACGAGCAAAUGCUAGCCAUUCAGCAGAAGAACAGCAAUUACUUCGUAGACUGGAUCCCUCACAAUGUCAAAGUGGCCGUUUGCAACAUCCCACCACGAGGCCUCAAAAUGGCCUCCACCUUCAUCGGAAACAACACCGCCAUCCAGGAGAUAUUCAAACGCAUUGGAGAGCAGUUCGCGCUCAUGUUUCGACGCAAGGCCUUCCUGCACUGGUACACGGGGGAGGGCAUGGAUGAGCUGGAGUUCACAGAGGCCGAGAGCAACAUGAAUGAUUUGGUUUCAGAGUACCAGCAGUAUCAGGAUGCCACCGCCGAUAUGGAUUACGAUGCAGAAGAUGAAGAGGCAGAAGAGGAGGGUCUGUCAUCAACAGCACACAGCACUCGAGUGGAGAUUAAGACUGAGGCGGUCACUGAAACUUCAGUCAGCGAAUGACACGUGGGCUUCAGUGUAUAUAGCAAGAGUGGAUCUGAUUGUGUGAAGAGUGAGAACAUUCAGUGGCCCCAAAAAGUAUUUAGACACUUAAGAUACAGUUAAAACUGAUAUAUGAGUUAUACUGCAUUAGAAAAAAUGUUUGGCUUGAAAGGUGUGCUUUUUAAAUGAAACUUUUUAUAUAUAUAUAUUUUAUGUAAU